ACUUGCAUUGUUCUAGAUGAGAUGUAUAUAUAAGAUGAUGAGGAUAUUUGACCAGUAUCAGUUCAUCUUCACUCUCCUCAUCUUCAACAUGUUCUCCCUUACCUUCCUUGCUGUUGUUGGUCUGUCUUCCCCUGCCCUGGGCCAGUCCUUGGAGUCCCUGUCUGCAGCUAUCCCUGGGGUACCCGGAGAUGAUUACCCAAUCUUCUCUGAAGUUCCUGAGACCUCCUUCUUGUGUGAUGGUCAGGUGGAUGGAGGAUACUAUGCUGAUCCUGAAUCAGAAUGUCAGGCUUUCCAUAUCUGUGCCAACAAUGGUCAGGGUGGACUAACUAAGUACAGUUUCCUCUGCCCUAAUGGAACCCUCUUCCAACAGCAGUAUUUUGUCUGUGACUGGUGGUUCAAUGUUGACUGUUCUCUAGCAGAGAGCCUGUGGGGAAGGAACCUUGAGGUUGAAGAGGAAAGGCUAAGAUACACAGUCACCAACUAAAUACAUCCCCUGGCUUAUGCUUUGAUACAACCACUGAUAAAACUUUAGUUUCCACAUUUUAUUCCCUUGCUUUAAGUUUGUCGUUUUAUUGUCUUAUUUGAAGAAGUAAUUGACAAACAUUUUUUAUUUUUCAAGCAGCUUAGUUCUAAUUUUGAAAACGCCCUCCAAACUCAAAUUAUUUCAAUUUUUAUCUUCUUUCUUAUUUUUUCAGAAAAAAAAACUUCAACAUAAGAGAAAAAUUUAUAUCACAUUUUGAAUAUGUUGACAAUAGUUAAACAUUAUUCUUCUUUACGUGCAAUCUAACUUUUUAUAAAGUUUGGGCAUUAUA